CUAAAACCAAACGUCAAGAUUUCCCGCAUAGAAUUUAUAGAAAAAUGGGGGCUGACCCCUGUCCUCAAACCGAGGCAGGACUUACGCCCCCACCGAAAUGGUGCAGAGGAUCAUGGAGACUUGAGAUCAUUCCCUAAGCUCUUGUGUCAAGAUAACGAUGGAUCUAUUUCUCAUAAUCAGUAUACAAGUAUAACACAUUUUGAACCUAUACCACACGAUCACGAUUUCUGCGAAAGAAUUGUUAUAAAUGUGAGUGGACUACGCUUCGAAACACAGCUAAGGACUUUAAACCAAUUUCCAGAUACGUUGUUAGGAGAUCCCAACCGAAGAAUUCGUUACUUUGAUCCAUUACGUAAUGAGUACUUUUUUGAUAGGAAUAGACCGUCAUUUGACGCGAUUUUGUAUUACUAUCAAAGUGGCGGCCGCUUGCGAAGGCCAGUUAAUGUACCUCUUGACGUUUUUUCUGAAGAAAUAAAAUUUUACGAACUUGGAGAAGCAGCAACCAAUAAGUUUAGAGAAGAUGAAGGUUUCAUUAAAGAAGAAGAAAAACCAUUACCGUCCCAUGAAUUUCAAAGAAAAGUAUGGUUAUUAUUUGAGUAUCCUGAAAGUUCACAAGGGGCGAGAGUUGUAGCUAUAAUCUCUGUGUUCGUGAUUUUAUUGUCAAUAGUGAUAUUUUGUUUAGAAACUCUUCCAGAAUUUAAGCAUUACAGGGUGUUUAAUACGACUACUAAUGGCACUAAGAUUGAAGAAGAUGAAGUGCCAGAUAUUACAGAUCCGUUCUUCCUUAUAGAAACUAUUUGUAUAAUUUGGUUUACAUUCGAACUAUCAGUGCGCUUCCUUGCUUGUCCAAAUAAAUUAAACUUUUUUCGUGACGUCAUGAACAUUAUUGAUAUAAUUGCAAUUAUACCAUAUUUUAUUACGUUGGCUACAGUAGUAGCAGAAGAAGAAGAUACGUUAAAUUUGCCUAAGGCCCCUGUAAGUCCUCAAGACAAAAGCACAAAUCAAGCAAUGUCACUUGCAAUUCUACGAGUCAUAAGACUUGUAAGAGUAUUUCGAAUAUUCAAACUAUCCAGACAUAGUAAAGGACUUCAGAUUCUAGGGCGUACCUUAAAAGCGUCAAUGAGAGAACUUGGUUUACUCAUAUUUUUCCUAUUUAUCGGUGUGGUACUUUUCUCAUCUGCUGUUUAUUUUGCUGAAGCAGGAUCAGAGAAUUCGUUUUUUAAAUCUAUUCCAGACGCUUUUUGGUGGGCAGUUGUCACUAUGACAACAGUUGGAUAUGGAGAUAUGACGUAA